AUGAGGAGUAGGCUGGACCGCGCUGUGGCUACGGCUACGUGGUCCGACAUCUUUGUGGCGGCGCGAGUUCUUCAUCUGGCACCAAUCCAUGGUGAUCAUAUCCCGAUUGUCUUAGGUGUUUUCCAGGUACCUUUGCAUCGAGUUGUAAGGCAGAGCUAUCGCUUUCGCUUUGAGAGCUGCUGGACGACCCGGCCAGAGUGUUUGGAGAUGGUGCAGGAGGGUUGGGACAGACCCAUCCCUGGAGGUUUUCCCAUAUUUCAGGUGUGCAAGAGAAUUACACAUACCCGGUUUACCUUGAAUGAUUGGCAGAGAAGAGUUUUUGGAGCUCGUAGGCGUGAGAUUGGGAUGCUGAGGGAGCAACUGCAGAUUUUGCUUGAUCAACCAUUGACUGAGUCAAACCAACAAGAGAAUGUUCAGCUGAAUUCCAAGCUGGAUGCGUUGUUGGAAGAAGAAAAUUCUUAUUGGCGUCAACGUUCUAAAGUGACUUGGCUAGCGGAGGGAGACAGAAAUACGAAGUACUUCCAUAGGAAAGCUUCAAAUAGAAGAGCAAAGAAUCGUUUGCAGGGUUUGUUUGAUCAUAACGGUAGUUGGCAAGAGUCGACAGAAGGGAUAGAGUCGGUGGUGCUCCAUUAUUUUUCCAAGAUGUUCACUGCAGGUGUGGUGGAUUAUGGCCACAUGAAAUCUGUCAUUGAGCUCUUGCAGCCUAGGGUCACGGCUAGCAUGAAUGCUGAACUUUGUGCACCGUACACAGCAGUGGAGAUUAAGGAUGCCUUAUUCCAGAUGUACCCAACUAAAGCCCCCGGUCCUGAUGGAAUGCCUCCCCUAUUUUUUCAAAAGUAUUGGGAUGUAGUUGGGAGUGAUGUAGUGGUUGCGGUGCAGAACUUUCUUCAUUCUGGUCAAAUUCUCGGUGAGGUUAAUUUUACUCACAUCUGCUUGAUUCCCAAGGUUAAAGAUCCUCAGUCUGUUUCUGAUCUUCGACCAAUUGCCUUGUGUAAUUUUGUGUAUAAAAUUUGUUCUAAAGCUAUUGCUAAUAGGUUGAAAAAGUUUUUAUCCCAGAUUAUUAGCCCUUUUCAGAGUGCUUUUAUUCCGGGACGGUUGAUCACUGAUAAUAUCUUGGUCGCCAAUGAGGUGUCACAUUUUAUUCACAACUGUUACUCUAGCUCAGAUGGUGUUUUUUCUCUGAAAUUGGACAUGAGUAAGGCCUAUGACCGUAUGGAAUGGUGCUUUCUGGAGUCUGUUUUGCUUCGGUUGGGUUUUGAUGUUUCUUGGGUUGCAUUGAUCAUGCAAUGUGUCACUACCGUCAGAUACGCUUUCUUGUUGAACGGGCAACCUAGAGGAUAUCUCACUCCUACCAGGGGACUUCGUCAAGGGGACCCUCUAUCUCCGUAUCUCUUUUUAUUGUGUGCUGAAGUGUUCUCUGCUUUACUGGAGCGGAAAGUUUUGAAUGGGGAGUUGAAAGGGAUUAGUGUCUGUGAGGAUGCACCUGUUAUUCAUCAUUUAUUAUUUGCUGAUGACAGCUUAUUAUUUGGCAAGGCUACUUAUGCAGAAUGUUUUCAUAUUAAGGAGGUGUUGAAAGAUUAUGAGUUGGCCUCUGGACAACAGAUAAAUUUCUCAAAAAGCAAUAUUGUAUUCAGUAAGAGAGUACCAGAGGUUGAUAAACAGGCUAUGGCUGGUUAUUUAGGAGUUUCUAUUGAGGCUAAGCAUGAAAAGUAUUUGGGUCUACCUACUUACAUGGGUCGCAACAAAACUGCUCCUUUUUCUUAUAUCAAAGAAAGAUUGAGCAAGAAACUAGCAGGUUGGCAAGGUAAAGUUUUAAGUAGCUCUGGCAAGGAUUUGUUGAUAAGGGUGGUAGCUCAGGCUCUCCCAUCUUAUGCUAUGAGUUGUUUCCUAUUGCCGAAAGAGUUCUGUGAUUCUCUACAUCAGAUGUGCGCUCGUUUUUGGUGGGGGAGCAAAGAUGAUAAUAGGAAGAUCCAUUGGCUAUCUUGGGAACGUCUAAGUCGGCCUAAGGAGGAAGGAGGGAUGGGGUUUCGUGAUCUGUACGCCCAUAACUUGGCGCUAUUGGCCAAGCAAGGAUGGCGAAUUCUGCGUAACCCCAACUCUUUGGUUGGAAGAUUAUUUAAAGCUCGUUAUUUUUCUAAUGAUGACCUCUUAUCUGCUCCUGUAGCUCGUUGUCCUUCUGCUUGCUGGCACGGUAUUUAUACUGCACGAUCUACUCUUCAGAAUGGGGUGAGGUGGCAGGUUGGUGACGGGUCGAGGAUCAGAAUUUGGGAGUAUGCAUGGCUCCCAAGGUCGGUUUUGUUUCGACCUAUCAGGUACGGUACCUCUUCUUUGGUGUUAGUCAGUGAACUGUUACGUAAUGGACAAUGGGAUAAAGAGGUGAUUGCAGCUAAUUUUGAUGCGGUUGAUGCCUCUCUUAUUUCUUCUAUUCCCCUUAGCUCUAAUCAUGUGCCAGAUAGACUUGUUUGGCACUUUGAUCUGAAAGGGAAGUUUACAACUAAAAGUGCAUAUAAAUUGGCAGUUGGUGCUUUACAUCCCAACACAACGACUAGUUCUAGUUCUGAGGUCUCAGUUCCCAUUUGGAAAUCUAUUUGGGCAGCAAAGAUUCCAGGUAAAAUCAAGGUUCAUGUUUGGCGAGCUUGCACUUCAAUUUUACCUACUAUUUCUCAGCCUAGAGAUCGCAGGGUUUUCCUUCAAGAUGGGUGUUAUUUCUGUAAUGAUGUAGAGGAGUCUAUUGUUCAUAUUAGCAGGGUGUGUGCCUUUGUGAAAAAUCUGCUCAAUCUGUUCCCUUCCAUGCAGUCUGUUUUGGCUACACCAAUGAGUUCUAUGCUUGAUUGGUUAAGCUUCUGUCUCUCUCGCUUGUCGAAUGAGGAUUUUGAUCUAUUGUUGAUGCUUAUCUGGGGAGUUUGGAAAGAGAGAAACCAAAGGGUUAGGUCUGGUAUAUUCCAUUCUGUUGCACAGGUUCAUUUCCAAGUGAUGUCUUUGUUCAAUACGUUCAAGGCAGUUAAUGUGGAAAAUAAGCUUACACUGGGAAGGCAGGUUAAACCUUGGUGUCCUCCUCCUGUUGGUUGGCUAAAAGCUAAUGUUGAUGGGGCGUAUAAUAUGCAUUUACGUCAUGGAGGUCUUGGAGUAGUUGUUAGGGACUCUAUGGGUGAUAUAGUGGCUGGGGCUUGUUGCAGGUGUGAUGAUGUGACUUCUCCAUAUAUGGUGGAGGCGUUGGCUGGUCGUUUGGCAUGUAAGAUUGCCUUACAAUUUCAUCUAACUCCCAUCAUUGUGGAGUCUGAUUGUCUACGGUUGGUUCAGGCUGUCCAGGCAGCUGGAGAGGAUACUUCUGAGAUUGGGAGGAUUGUAGAUGACAUUUCUUUGGCAUUGACUUCUAUGGCUGGUUCUUUCUUCUGCCAUGUCUAUAGAGAAUCUAAUAAGAUUGCUCACAAGCUAGCUAGUAGUGCUCUUGUUUCAGGGUUGCAAGUGUCUUGGAGUGGGAUUGUCCCUCCUGCACUUGAUGAGAUCCUUUGUAACAAUUAG